AUGAAUACUUUAAUAAAUAAUCACGAGAACACAAAUAUACUUGAUCUACCAAAUGAAAUGUUACUUGCCAUUAUGAGCAAACUAAGUAAAAUCGAUGUAUUAUAUUCACUAGUGGGUGUAAAUCGACAAUUUGACCAAUUAAUAAUCGAUCCGUUUUAUAUUCAUGAUCUUGAUUUUACGAGAAAAUUAUUAUUUGAUGAUAUUUCUCCCAUUGAUAAACAAACUCUGGAUAGAAUUUGUGGAAAAAUUCUACCUCGAAUUAAUGAUAAAGUGAACAAACUUACUGUUGAACCGCUUUCUAUCGAACGUAUUUUUCAUGCUGUUGAUUAUGUGCAACUUAACUCGUUAUCAUUUGUGAAUUUUUCACAAGAAAUAUUAUUGCGACAUAUACUAGAUAAUGCAGUUAUUCAUCGUCUUAUGACUGAACAAAUUACAUGCCUGCAUAUUCAGGUUAGCGAUGAAGUAACAUCAAAUUUUCCUGUCGAAAAUCACUCAAACAUAUUUUCAUUGAUAUUAUUUAUGUGUAAAAAUCUGAAUGAUUUGACCUUUAGUCAUUGGUUCAUUGGUCUAGGUUUAACAUUUUUUAUCUAUAAACUAUCGUCAACAAGUUGUGUAUCUUCGACUUUAACGAAAUUGCGAAUACAUGUAAAUACUUUUGAUGAUUGUCUUUUUCUUCUCGACGGACGUUUGGAAUCUUUGUCUACGUUGAUUAUCAAUAUAGUUGAAAUUUUCAAUACAUCAGCGACUAUAGAUAAUACAAAGAAACUUCCUAAAUUGAAAUGUUUUGCAUUAACAUCAUAUCACCACACAAGUUUUUAUGACAGUCAAAUUGUUCCAUUGCUUCGUCGAAUGUCAAAUCUUGAAGAACUGACAUUAUUUCUGUCAGUUAUAAGAAUGGAAUCGACUUAUAUCGAUGGCAUUCAUUUGCAUGAUGAGAUUCUUAUUCAUAUGCCACGACUAGACAAACUUAUGUUUAGUAUAACGACUAUGCUUUACAAUAUCAAUGCAAAAAUUGAUCUUCAAUCAAAUGAUGACAUACAACGUGGUUUUAUCGAAAAAGAAAUCUACCAAGUUGACUCUUAUGUCAUUAACGAUCCAUCUAAAUUACAACAAGAAUGUCAUAUCUAUUCAAAGCCAUAUCCAUUCGAUGUUUUUUUUAAUUUGAACAGCCGCUUUCCAGGUGCAAAGUUCAAUAAAGUUCGAUGGUUAAUAAUGAGAGAUGGAGACCCAUUUGAAAACGAAUUAUUCAAAAUUAUCUCUCAAGAUUUUCCUUUUCUAAAAAAAUUAGCUAUAUUUAAUACUGCAGCGCAGCAAAAUAAACGAUGUUCACUCCCGUUCAUUACGUUUCUACAUCUUCGCGAACUGUACGUCCAUUUGGCGCAUAUUGAUUAUGCUGAACAAUUCCUUUAUGAAAGAAAUGCUCAUCUACCUUGUCUAUCAAGUCUUGAAAUUCGUUAUGAAACAUUAUCUAUUUUAACAAACAAUUUUACCAAUGAUGCAGCACGUGCCAAUUGUGCUAAAUUACAACGUCUUGUAAUAAAAGAGCCAUUUGUUCAUCCACAAUAUUUUCAUUCAUAUUUUCCUUUAUUACAAUGUUAA